AUAUCUUAUGGGCACUACAUAAUCUGGUAUUUAAAUUGCAGUUGAUAAAUUUUACUACACAAAUGAAUUAUUAUCUGGUAUAAAUUGAAUCAAUUUAUAGGUAAAAUUCUAAUUGAAAAAUCUAAAAUCAAAAGCAUUCUAACUAUAACUGUACGUUUUAUUGGUUAAGUCUCUUUAUGGAUUGAAGGCGAUUAAGUUAAAAGAGAAUUUUGUAUCUACGAAAGUACUUUUAAUCAAAAUGAUCUUCAUCCUAUAGAAAAUAAGGCUGGAGUUGUUGAAUUUGAGUUAUUGCUUUCAAAUAAACUUCCACCCUCUGUAUAUUACUAGUAAUAUAAAUCAAGAGGAGGUUUAUAAUAUACAUUAGAAGUUGAAUUCAAUUCUGAUAGUUUUUUCGAAUUAGAAAUAAUUAGAAAAGAGAUUGAAAUUCGAUAAUAAAUGCCAAAAGUUUAGGAAUUUAGUAUUGUCAAAGAAUUAAGUCUAGAAACUAUCUUUAGUAAUUAUGGAGUAUUAAUGAUAACUUAAAUAAUAGACCCUAAGCAUGGAUGUUAAAGUGAAUGAGUAAUAAUUUCAUAUAGGAUAAACUGCUGAAGUUACAGUUUUUGCUGACAAUACUCUUGGUUAAGUGGACAUUGAUUAUAUUACAGUUGAACACAUAUAAGAAAUCUCAAUCAUGCCAGGUCAUUUCUGGAUUUCAGAAGUUUAAUCUAUCAAUUCAUAAGCUAUAAUAGGUGUUAAAGCUUUUCAAAAAUAUCAAAGUCCUAUUAAAGUAUUUUUAACUAUAAAUGAUCCAAACUGUAAGCUUAAACCCAAUUUACAACUUGGUUUUUUGAAAAUUUAGAAUUUUAUACGGAUAACAACACCUUUCAGUAUAUUUUAAAGGGACACUAAAUUUCCACAAAUACCAAUUGAGAUUUGUAAAUUAGAAAGUAAAUGCAUGUAUUAGGAACUAGAAAUGAUUGCUUAGGUCAAAUUGCCUUAAGUAAACAAAUUUAAUUAAUUUAGAAAUUAAUGUUACAACCAGUCCUAUUAAAAUUGGAUGAUUUAGAUGAGGAUUUCAUCUAAUUUAAGAUUAUAAGAGAGAUCAAAAAUUAAGUAAAUCACAUUCACAAAUGA